AAGUUUGGACCUGUUUGUUUGGGGAGCGAGAAAAGAGGAGGAAACAAUGGGCGAGGUAUCUGAAGCAGCGAUGACGAAGAGGAAGAAGAAGGGUCGCCCUUCUCUUUUGGAUCUUCAAAAGCGAUCUCUCAAGAAACAACAAAAGCAACAACAAUACCGUCCUCCGAAUCCCAAUUCAUCCAAUUCCAACGUCCCUCCGCCGCAGCACGAUUACGACGACGACGACGAGCGAAAAGACAAGAAGCGCAAACUCCUCGUCGGCUUGAAUUCCCAUCUCCACCACCACCACCACCCAACAUUAUUCCCCAAUUCCGCCGAUCCCGAUGCCAAUCACAAACGCCGCCGCGGAUCAGAUGAAACGCCGGAUGGAAAGGUUUCGAAAGCGACUGAAGGCAAACAUGGUUCACAGGGGGAGACCGGUCCCACUACACCUUUGCCAGACAAAAAGCUCUUGCUGUUUAUCCUUGACAGGCUUCAAAAAAAGGACACUCAUGGGGUAUUCUCUGACCCUGUGGAUCCAGAGGAGCUUCCUGAUUAUCAUGAUGUCAUUAAACACCCUAUGGAUUUUGGCACUGUAAGGAACAAAGUGGAUGGAGGACUAUAUGCCAACUUAGAACAAUUUGAGAAUGAUGUGUUCUUGAUAUGCUCUAAUGCAAUGCAGUACAAUUCAGCGGAUACUAUUUACUAUCGACAGGCCCGAGCUAUGCAAGAGAUCGCGAAGAAGGACUUUGAGAAUUUGAGACAAGACAGUGAUGAUGAUGAUGAUGGUGAUGAUAGUGAUCCACAACCCAAAAUUGUGCAAAGAGGAAGGCCACCAGGAAAGCUCUCAAGAAAGCCACGGGGCAUGUCUCCUUCAGAGCGUGUUGGCCCUGAAUCUUCCUCUGAUGCAACUCUUGCUUCUGGUGGGGAUAUUGCUAGUGGCUCUAAUGGUUAUAAUCUAAGAAAAGGGGUAGCCAAAUUUCAUCCUACAGAUUCAUCAGCUAGGGCUUCCCACAGCAAUUUUAACAGUGGAGGUUAUACUGGUUGGAGUUCUGAAUGGGAGAAUGAAUUUCCAGCUUCGGUUGUAAAAGCCGUGUUAAGGUAUGGAAAGAAGCAGUUUGUGGUUGAUGAAACCAGGCGUGACACAUAUAAAAACUCAGUGGCUUUAGGGAGUGAACCACCAGUAUUGGCCACAUUUGGAGAUGAUUUCAAGCAACUUCUCGCAGUAGGUUUACAUGUGAAGCAUAGCUACGCAAGAAGCCUAGCCCACUUUGCUGCAGAUCUUGGUCCUGUUGUUUGGGAGAUUGCUGCAAAGAAAAUCCGCAGUGUUCUGCCAGCAGGACAUGAAUUUGGUCCGGGAUGGGUAAGUGAAGAGGAUGUGUCACAGAGACAACACUUCCCGGUUUUUGGUGAGGAGAGAAAUUCAGACCCUCCUGUACCAGAGGAUUAUAGCAGUAGAUUUCUUUCUUGUUCUUCUGGCUCAUCCUCUCUUGCAAAUACAUCAUCAUGCUUGCCAAGUGGAGACAUGGCAAUUAAUAGAGAAUCUGGUUACCAAAAUGAAUGGAAUCCAUCCAACAGUGUUGGUGGUGAGAGUGAAUCCAUGAUUCAUGGGAGGAUUCAUCAGGAAUCUAUGGCACAUUCUGAUGAUUUGGGUUCUAAUGGUCGGUUAGGUUCUAACUUUUCUCCUCAAAUGAAGAUGGUUAGACUUUCUGACUUAACCGGGUCGUCGAGUGGUGGGAAUGUUCCUCAAAUGUUUGACAUGGAUCCAGUAAGCAGCCUCACCAGCCGCGCCGCACCUGCAAAUGUUAAUCCACCUCUCAGGACCCAGUUCUUGAACAACUUUAGUCAAUUAGAUUCCAGCAGUUUAUUAGCUCGGGAAUCUGGAUUUGAGUCACAAAGAUUGCCUCAAGGGCUUGCUGGAAAGUCAUCUUGGCAGGGAUUUGAAGUUCCUACUAAACAGAACUCAUUUUCACUUGCUAAUGACUUAAAUGGGAAGAUUGGAGCAACAAAUCCAUCCAGUUCCAAUGUGGAGGCUGGUUCUCUGCUGCAGCCAAAUCUUGCAUUGCAGCUAUGAAGAUUUAUUAUUUUUUAGAUUGGAAUUUUCUCGUUAUUUUCUAACAUGAUAAUAUCAUGUUAUGAGGGAGAAACGUAACAUAGAAAAACAAAGAAUUGAUGGAUUCUUAUAAAAUAAUACUGAGUAAUAUCAUAGUUAUUUCUGUAU